CGAUCUUCCAUUUUGAUAAUUUCUUUCCGGGCAAAAAUCUCUCUCUAAUUCUUGAAUGGGAAGAAACGAGCAAGAUUUCUGUCCAUUUUUGUUUCCCUCCACCACCGUCUAUGCCUAUCCAUCUUCUUCUCCGUCGUCAACAUCACCUUCAUCGACGCCGCCGCCAACUUAUUCGAGCAGUACUCAUUCUUCUUCUCAUCAUUCUUAUUCUUCGCUCAGUAUUACUUCUCCAUUCAAAUUAUAUCCUUCAACUACACAAUUUUCUUCCACGGCAGACGGCGCAAAUCUUAAUCGGCAAUGCACCAAAGAAAUAAUGGUUGAUGGAGCCAGCAAUACCGUCAAUUUUCUGCAGACGAGGGACAUUCAUGGCAAAGCUCAAAAUGGUUCAACGAGGAGCUGUACAAAGGUUCACAAACAGGGGUUCCCAGUUGGCAGGUCUGUUGAUCUUACCAAGUUCAACAACUAUACUGAGUUGACAGCCGAGUUGGAUUGGUUGUUUGAGUUUGAUGGUGCAUUAGUGGAUCCAAAUCCAAUGAAGAACUGGGUGAUUGUGUAUACUGACAUUGAGGAUGAUUUGAUACUUUUUGGAAAUGAUCCAUGGCAGGAAUUUGUGAGCAUGGUUCGAAAGAUUUACAUCUAUAAAAGGGAGAUGACAUAA